AUUCUGUCUUUUAAAAUUUAUUUUGCAAGGACGUCAUGGUAUAGAGCUGUGCCGAAGGUUUGCUCUUGGGUUUACUGCUAAACAGAAACAGAUUUGUUGUUCCUGCGCUUUAAUUUAAUGCGGUGAGCUGCGCAUGUGAGCUGCUAGCUGUGGAAUGUUUCAUCAGGGACUUCUGCCUCCCAUUUGGAGACUUCUCAGUUUUCUUUAUUUUUUUCAUUCUUUUCUUUUAAUCGAAGAAGGAGAGAGCGUUGCGAGUAAGGACCACACAAUCUGUGAGUUACAUAAAAAAAAAUUAAGCAUUUUAUCCUGUAUGUGACGCGCGGCUUGCCAAAAACUGGAGUUGCUAUGGAAAUGUAUCCCACGACGGAUUUUGGAGCAUCGGCCAAUCGUCUAACGGGACCGUAAAUGAGAGAGGGGGGGGGGGGCAGGAGGACAAACUUCUCCUUUUUCUGUUUUGCAGGAGAGGAGAGGAGAGGAGAGGAAAGGAGUGGAGGGGGGGCACGUAGGGGAAAAGGCUAAACGAAGCGUGAAGCGUAACAGCGAGAGGGACAAAGACGCUGGGCAGCGAGGGAAAGGCGCUGGAGAGACGCACGUUUCCCCGGGGGGAGUAUUUCAGAAAUACCCAAACAAAUCGAUGAGUUAUAGCAGGGACAGGAAUCCGGGACGUGGAGAAUGUCGGACGGAGCUUGGGUGCCUACAUUGUUUCUCCUUUAAAAAAAAAAAAAAGCGAUCGGAAUAGUAUCGAGGAAUUUGUUUAUAAUCCAGUAGAGCCGUGGAGGACUUGUUGGUUUAAAUUCAUAAGGUGGGAUGCCUUGUUAUGGGACGAAAGGAGUCUAAGUAAAGUCGCUGAAACUUCGACCACGGGGGUGUAAGCACGGAACCAGCCAGGACUCCAUGAAGGCAGAUCUUGCUUUGCUUUUCUAAGUAGCAGCAGCAUGCCGUCCAGUCCUUUGACAUGUUCAUGGACGCGUAUUCGCAUAGGAAUUGUUAUAUAACCUAAAGUUUAGUGCAAUAAAGUGGGGGGGGGGGGGGGCACCAGGUUCGCUCAUCGCCGGACUGAAGCCCGGGAUCUCAGGAUGAAAACUUGGUGCAGCGUCCUGGCGCUUCUGGGCUGGUCAGUGGUCCUUCACGCGCAGUAUAUUUGCUGGCAAGCGCUGCUUAAAUGUCAGCAAGAGGCAGACUGCGAACUGGCGUACAACCAGUACCUGGCCGCCUGCGAAGCGAACAUCAGGGGGAACGGGCGUCAGUGUCCCAGCCACUGCAUCGGCGCCUUGGUCAGACUCAACCAAACCCGCAACGGGCCGGACCUGGAGACCUGCGACUGCGGCCAAGACGUACAGUGCAGGAGAACUAAACGCGCCAUCGAGCCGUGCCUCCCCCGGAGGUAUCCAGUUGAUGCAGGCGGGAUCGGGUGCACGGAGGCCCGCCAGCGAUGCGAAGAGGAGCCUGACUGCCAGGCCGCCCUGACAGACUACCUGUCCAACUGCGGGCAGCUUUUUAACGGCAGGAAAUGCUCGGCGAAGUGCAAGAGCACAAUACAGAGGAUGCUGUUCAUCCCCAGCGGCGUGCUGCUGAACCGCUGCGUGUGCGACGGCGUGGAGAGGCCAUUCUGCGAGGUGGUGAAGGAGAACAUGGACAGGUUGUGCUCCGUCGUGGACCAGGGAUUAUCUACGUCGUACGGGGACUUUGAAGACACGUACGAAGACGAGGACUACGACCCGAAAACGGACCGGCUGGAGACGCGCUCGGACGCUGCGACCUCCUUCUCUGGUUUUUCGCCGUUAUCGCACCAAGUCGCCCAGAUACACGCAGUGGCGCUUCUCACUGUCUACUGGAGCAGACUUUUGUAAUGACAGGGGAAGAAUUUUUUUAAUCGGCUAUUUUUUAAAAUCAUAAUUAGUUAAUUGGUUCAGCUUUGAGCACAUUUUUUUUUGUUAAGGGAAACGUCUGCCUGCGUUUCGCACGCAUUCCGCAAGACUGCGGACAAAUUAUGGAAGUAUGAAUGUCGUUACCAGAGCCCAUAAAUUUGGGUUUGCUUGCUUGUAAACAUGAAGCGCGGUAUUUAUCCGUGUUUUCUUAGAGACGAACUUUAAAGUGGCCGUUCAAACGCGUUCGUUUCCCCCAGUAGGCUAUUAACAAAAAUACCGUUUGAAUAAGCUGAUGCCAAGAGAAAAUUGGCCGUAAUAAGUUUUAAAAAAGGAAGUAGAUUAGAAAAAUGUGUAAGUGGUCAAUACAAAGAAGGUGAACCUUUUAUUAUUUUAUUCUCGAUGAGCCAUGCAGCCGUAGAGAAUACAGUCCUCCUGCACUCCCACUCGUUUUGUUUCGUCUCAGUGCCUCUUGAAGUGUGCGGCUUUUAUUAAGACUUUAAAUAAACAGCGACGCGCUCCAGUUUCGGCACCAUUGUAGCGGGCGCACUUGAGAUAUUUGCGGCCAAGUCGGGUAGAAUUGGCGACUUUAUCACAUAAAGCGGUUAAAUUAACUGGAGUGUUUCCCCGCUAAUCGCCACUCCGCCCGCAUAAGUGAAGCCUCUCACGGACUUUGAAUUGGCGCCUUACGGAAGAAAUAUCAGCCUUUAUGGUCGUUGCAUGGGAAUUUUGUAUUUAGGUGUGGCAGUUUUAGGUUGUUUUCCAAUUAUUCAUAUAGUUCUCAGACCUCUGCGAAAUAGUUGAAAUGCGUAACUGGUAACUUUCAGGCAGUAACACUUGAGAUGGAAAAUUGUUUAGAGUUUUUGUAAUGAAUAUAUUAAUAUCAUAAGGCAAUCGUCUGUUCAUGUAUUUUCCUAUGGGUACAGUUCUUGAUAUUUUUGUAACUCAUUUUUAUAAGACGAUCAUUUUGGGUAUGGAUUUAUCGUUAAUCGCAUUUUUCUUUCGGAUUAUACUCAUGUUCCAGUAUUGUAAUCUUUACAUCAGAUAAAAAGUGGCUUGACGAAUGUGAUAUUUAUUCCUAUAUAUGCUGAGGCGUUGACUCUGUUUUAUGUUGAUUUUAACUUACCAUGUGAAAAUGUAAAUGUGUAACAUUAUCUACAUAAUGUAUAGAAAAAAUAUAUUUAUGUCUCAAAGAAAAAAAACCCAGUUAAAUAAAACAAGUAAACUUAAUUACGUUACCAUUGUU